CACAACGAGGAGCUGCUCGCUGCGCCAGGUGUCGGACCGCUUUCAGGAGACAUGUCGCCGCCGCAGUGACACCGCAACGUUAGCGCCGCUACUUGGUUCCGUUCCAGCGGUGGAGGCUCGUUUUGUUCAUGCCGUGCGCCUGAAUUGGAUACCGAGAGGGGCAACAAGUGGAAGGUCGGCGCGGAGAGGCCGAACAUCUCUCGCCGCCGGGCAGCAGCUGUAUGGAGGAGCGGAAGGAGCCCCACGGCAGCCGGGACUCGACCGAGGAGGAGAGCAUGUCGCUGUCGCCGAACCUCCCCUCCCCUCCGGUGAUUUUACCCCACCAGGCGGCCCAGCAACAGGCCCACCGAACCACGAACUUUUUCAUAGACAACAUCCUCCGGCCGGACUUCGGCUGCAGGAAAGAGCCGAGCUACCGCGACCGGAGCCAGACGCCGGGCAGGGAACACGUCAACCCGCACGGCGCAAGGCCCCCGCUGCCGCCGCACACGGGCAGCCUGUGCCUGGACUCCAACUGCAGCAGCGACAGCCCCUCUUCGUCGCCCUCCUCUUCCUCGUCCUCUUCCUCGUCGUCGUCCACGUCCUCCUCGCCCUCGUCCAAGCAGAAGUCGUCGAAACCGGGCGAGGCGGCGGGCACCGGCACCGGCAGAUACGCGGACAGCCCCUCGUCGAUAAUGGUCGUGAGCGGUAGCAAUGGAGGCGCGACGCCCACCAAGGAGAGCCAGCCCAUGUUGUGGCCCGCGUGGGUUUACUGUACGCGGUACUCGGACCGGCCCUCAUCUGGCCCGAGGACACGCAAACUGAAAAAAAAGAAGAGCAGCCCGAAGGAGGACAAGCGGCCCCGGACGGCGUUCACCGCCGAGCAGCUGCAGAGACUGAAAACCGAGUUCCAGGCCAACCGGUACAUCACGGAGCAGCGCAGGCAGGCGCUCGCGCAGGAACUGAACCUCAACGAGUCCCAGAUCAAGAUCUGGUUCCAGAACAAGCGCGCGAAGAUCAAAAAGGCCACCGGCUACAAGAACGGGCUGGCCCUGCAGCUCAUGGCCCAGGGACUGUACAACCACUCCACCACCACGGUGCAGGAGGACAAGGAGGACAGCGAAUAGAGGGCCGCGCGCGUCCCCGCCGAGGGCCGCGCGCGUCCCCGCCUCCGGACUCUUUUGGGCUUUUGCAGAUAAUGACGAGGAGAAGAAAAUAAAUGAACAAAUGGAAGUGGAGGAGACGCUAUUUAAAAACACACGCAGAUUUCUGUUUAUGGUGACAGUAUAUGGACAUAAUUAUAUAAAUGAACGAUCGUUAUUAAAGUUUAUAUAGCCCAAAACAGUUAUCAUGUUGUAUACAGUAUAUUUAAUUUCACCUCAUCCGGGUCCUUUCUGUCUGUUCUCGGUGUUUAGGAUGUGCAGCCGGCUCUCGGUGGUUUUGUUGUGGUCCCGGUGUCCUCACAUUGCGCAACGUGUUCCCUCCUCGUCGCUCCGCAGACUCGAAACAAGCCAAAGAUUUUUAAUAUGUUCACGUGUAGUCUGAAAUAAAGAGAGAGGUAGACAUGGA